UGGGGAAGCUUGAGGACAGAGGAGUGGAUAUGAUAACACAAAUUCAUCUUCUUUCUUGAGAACAAUCGUCGAGCUCGAAUUGUCGUAGCCAGUGGAGGAGGGAGAAUGAGAGUGUGAAUCUAGAGAAGAUGGUGGUGAAGAGCGGCAGAGGAAGGCGGAGGAGUAAUUACAGAAGGCGGACUAGGGUUCCUAAGUUUCGAUUUUGAACAAGGUGACGAUGGUGUUUUCGAUUAGGGAAGAACCUAGUUCGUUCAUCUUUUACAAAAACUAGUCUGAGGUUUACAACUGAAGCAGAUGGAAGAAGAAGGUAGAUCGAUUCAAGUAAAAAAAAAAAAAUUUGUGUCGUGAGUGAGAACAAAAAAAAAGAGCUGAAAAUUGGCCAAGUGUUUUACUCUAAAAUCACUUUUCAGCUAAAGUAUUGGUUUUCAUGUUCCCGCUUAAUGAAAUUUUUUACUAGCGCGAUUUUAAUGCUACAAUAGAGUUGUGAUCCGAUUUUAACACUUUUGGUAGCAGUUUGUGAAAUUGUGCUAUCGCGAACUGCUACUGAUACUCAUAUUUCUUGUAGUGGACGAUCGCUUUUGUUCGAUCGGCGUCUCCUCCGUAUCGGCAUCUCCUCCGUUCGAUCGAAUCGGCGUCUCCUCCCAUCUCCUCUUUCUUCUAACCGGUUAGAUCCUUCUGAGAUUCACACUUUAUACAAUUGAUUUGGUGCUGAUUAGAUGAUGAGAUUGAACCUGGAUUUGAUUUUUUUAAGGGAGGAGGGACAUGAAGUUCGAUCCAUCUCGACUCAAGUUGAUACUUGUCAACAAGCCUUUACCCAAGUUGCGUUCCAAAGGAAUCCCACGAUACAAAGUUCUUUUUCUGACGAAUCUGAAGGUGGUAUGAGGGACUCCAUUGAUGUAUCUUCUCAUAAUUCAGAUGUAUAUGGCGCAUCAUGUUCUUCAGACGAGUCAAAUGCUCCAACAACCAAAGAUAUUGAAGCUGAAAUGAGAAGGCUGAAUCAUUUGUUCAUUGGGAGCAGUGGGCGUGAUGAAGUCAUCCGUGUGUUGUGGUCUUCUGUUGUCUUGUGGUGAAGUCACAUGUCACGCUUACUUUGCUGUGUUGAUUGGAACAACUUGUGUUCUUGUAUCACGGAAUUGAGUCACGGAAAUGGACAUGUUUUUGUUGUUUUCUUGUUGCAUUGUCUUUAAAAUACAAUCUUGUAAUGAAAGUGUAUUCUCAACAAGCCUUUGUUCUUCCUUCUUC